AUGAAUUUCUCAGACAUCGAGUCACCCUUACUCAGGACAGACCGCACCAAGGACAAAAUGGCGCUCUGGGUGGAGAGCCAGUGCAGCGGAGCCAAGGCGAGGGUGGACGUGUACGGGAAGCCCACCGACGUCCAGCUGCAAGAGCUGGAGAGGGUCAGGAAUCUUAGCAAAGAGUUGCAGGACAAUUUACAAGUGAGUUUUAAUAUUCGUUAUUAA